AUACAUACUAAAAAACCAAAAGCCCUCCUAAACCAAGUGUCCAAACAGAAAGCACACCAGCGCUGUCUCGCAAGCAGUUGAAGCCCUUCCUUCCUUCGUUCCUUGCUUCAAAUUCUGUCUGUGUCUGUCGGAAGCCAUGACAGAGAAUUCCAAACAUCCACUGGAAACUGACUGCCAAACCAUUACCACCCAGCAGCUUAGGCCUUCAAAGCUCGCAAAAACCACCGACUCAUCCGAAGACGAUCUUCUCAGUGACGACAACCAACAACAACAACAACAACCACUCUCCAUCGCUGAUUCUCAUCCACCACACAUGUCUGCCCAAAAUCCUAAACUUCAGCGUUAUCUCGUCGCCAUUGAGUACAUUGGCACUCGCUUUUCCGGCUCUCAGAAGCAGCCCAAUUGCCGUACUGUCGUCGGCGUUCUUGAGGAAGCUUUUCACAAAUUUAUCGGCCAACCGGUCUCCAUUUUUUGCUCCAGUCGAACUGAUGCAGGAGUGCACGCCCUAUCAAAUGUUUGUCAUGUAGAUGUGGAACGCAUAAGCAAAAGGAAGCCUGGUGAAGUGUUACCACCUCAUGAACCUGGUGUGGUCCAAAGAGCUGUUAACCAUUUUUUACAGAAGAAUGAAGGGGACAUUAUGGUAGUUGAUGUUCGAAGUGUUCCGCCUGAUUUUCAUGCUAGAUAUAAAGCUCAAGAGCGCACGUACUUUUAUCGCUUGAUGUCUGGGCCAGAACCACUGUCAACUUUUGAGAAAGACCGUGCAUGGCAUGUGCCUGAGGAGCUAGAUCUUCUUGCUAUGGAGGAAGCUUGUAAAGUUCUUGUUGGACUUCAUGAUUUUAGUUCCUUCAGGGCAGCUGGUUGUCAGGCAAAGUCACCUAUAAGAACAUUAGAUGAACUAAAUGUUUCUGAGGUGGUUCCAACUCCUUAUUUUCCUUCUAUAAUGGAGAGAAGACAGACUAGUUUAUCCCAGAAAGAUCCUACUCAUGCAAGCUUGAACAACAUGUGGCCUUCAAUUAGUGUUUCCAGUGAUGACAGGUUAACAUGCUCCAAUGGUGCAAUAAAUGUAAAAUUUGGGCUGAGAAGAAGACACAGAUGCUUCGUUGUAACAGCACGGGCACGGUCUUUUCUUUACCACCAGGUCAGACUGCUGGUGGGUGUACUCAAAUCGGUUGGCAUUGGAGAUUUAACAACAUCCGAUGUUAAAAGGAUCCUGGAAGCAAGGGCCGUAACAGCUGCUAGUCCUAUGGCACCUGCAUGCGGUCUAUAUCUUGGAGAUGUUAAAUACGAUCUGCCAUGAUGACACACAAACAUCAUUUUGUUUUUGCUGGGACCAAGUACCUAAAUUUCUUACGAUUCAGACAACAUUAUAUUUAACACCGAAUUCACUCA